AUGACCACCCCAGAGGAUCAGGAGCAAAGUCUUCCUCCAGUGCAGGUGGUGGUCCGCGUGCGCCCGUGCUUCGACGACGAAACCAGUUGUCUCAGCUGUGGCAGCGGCCUGGUGCGGCUCAAUGGAGAGGGCGAGGAGUUGAAGGACAGCAUUGCAGACCGAGACUGUCGACGAGUUCGUAGGCCCCAAGAGUUUCGAUUCAGUACGGUGUUCGGGCCCAGCAGCAACCAGGAGGAGGUCUUCUCAGAUCUGCAGAUGGAACAACUCAUCUCCAAAGUGGUAGAAGGUUACCACGCCACCGUCUUUGCCUACGGACAAACAGGAUCUGGAAAAACCUACACCAUGGAAGGCUACCAAUAUCGAGCACAAGCGGACUCACCGCAGGUGUGUAUUGAUGAGACUGCACCCGAGCGCUUGGGUGUGAUUCCUCGGGCACUCCGUCAGCUGUUUGCAAAGAUUGAACACUCGGAGGAGUCAACAGAGGACAGACCUGACAGCUUCAGCGUCAGGAUAUCCUUCCUGCAGAUCUAUCAGGAGAAGAUUUACGACCUUUUGAACCCUGCUCCCUUCCUACAAGGUGUUGGGACUGAUGAAGGACUGCGUUUACGCUGGGAUGCAGUGAGGGACUGCUUCUUCGUGGAAAAUCUGUUUGAGUAUCAAUGUGCUUCAGCAGAUGACGCUCUACGCUACUACCAUGCUGGAGUUCAACGCAAGCAGAUGGCAUCCACUGCCAUGAACAUUGCUUCGUCGCGAUCCCACAGCGUCCUCAUCCUCUCGUUGCUCCGAAGGUCUCAGCUGCUUGGUGAGGGCGUGGAAGGUGGCAUUGCAGAAGUGACGUCGAACCUGACGCUGGUGGAUUUGGCAGGUUCUGAGAAGGCUGCUGCCAAUGAAAACAACGCUGAGCGCUUCAAGGAGGCGGUGAACAUCAACCAAUCCCUCUUUGUUCUGCGCCGAGUCAUCACUGCCUUGAGCAGAAAUGCCGAUGAGCAUGUGCCAUACCGGGAGUCGAAGCUGACUUCCCUUCUACAACAUGCCAUCGGUGGCAAAGGCUUCAUGAUCAUGUUGGCAUGCUUGGCCCCUGCUGACAAGUACUAUGAGGACAAUUUGAGCACGCUGCAAUAUGCUGCCCAGGCCGCGCUGAUUCGCGGUGAGCCGGUGAUCAAUCUCGACCCCAAGGACCGCUUGAUCGCAGAGCUGACACAGCAGCUACAUGCGGCGCAUGACUACAUCCUCCAACAGAUGGGGCUCAAGGAGUUGCCAGAAGAGCUCCAGCAGAUUCCCAGCACCAAAGGCCGCAAUGGGCUAUCAAUUGGUCGUUGUUCUUUCCCUUCCAGGCGCGAUCAAGAUCGAGGUCAGAAGGAGCGUCGUCGAAUUCCAAUCCCACGGCCGAGACCAGACAGCACGCGGGACACCACUCCUGCCGAUGCUUUUCAAAAGUCGGCCUCGACUUCUGAACUUUGCCAGGAGACAUCCCAAUCAGCAGAUCCCGAGAGACGUCGAAAGCGGCUGCCACGUACAUACAGUUGGGAUACGAGGAGGGAUCCACGUCUGCAGUUGGAAAAACAACUUAAGGAGGCCGAAGCAGAGACUCAACAGCUGGAAGAACAGCUGCAAGAGGCGCUAAGGAACAAGCCUCUGGGAUCAGAGAAACUGGAUGAACUGCUGGAACUCGCUGGUGUUCUUGCAGAGAACCUCUCCAAUCCGAACGCCUCAUCGAGGCAGUCUCUGAGACUCCUCUCAGUACUGGCACGCUCUUCACACUUUCCCCCAGAGUUCAAGGCCACCUGCGCACGCAUUUGUUCACAGACUGCAGACUUGGACCUCAUGUCGCUGACAACCGAAGAAUUGGUGAAUGCGUUCAACAUCCAUCUUUGUGGUGUGUUUGAUGGACCUGCGGCGUUGAAACGCUGGCUCACAGAAGACUCCAGCAUGAAGCUCUUUUUCCAAGUUCACACUUCGCAGAAGUGGUACCAAAAGCAAGACUACUACAGAUCCAUGUUUCGGCAAAGUGAUGCAUAUGCAACCCUCAGGCAAGCAGCAGAGAAGCAUGGCCUUGAUCUUCGCACCAGUGACCCCGGCGAGGUGUACCACUUAGAGCUGGUUUCACGGGAUGCAAAGGACAGAUUGUCCAUGUUGUCGGAGAAGCCGCCGCUCGCCGUGAUUUGCAUUUCUUCCAAGGCCGCCUAG